CUCACGUCGCCCUCCAACGUGUCGUUUCGCUUAUGAAUACACCCACCACGCGCUAGAGCAUGGCUUCUCUCCAGUCCGCACCCAAUAUGGUGGCUGGAAAUAUGGCCUUGCCGCCGAAUAUCACCCAGCAACAUAUUCAAGAGGUCUUUCAGAAAUUCAAGCAGAUGCAAGAACAGGGUGUGCGCCAUGACGACCCCGAGUACCUCAAAGCCCACAACCUCCUGGCCGCGGUCCAACGGCAGCAAGUCUUUCACAAGCAAAGGCAGUUCGCUCAGCAGCAGCUUCAGGCACAGCAGCGCCAGCAGCAGCUGAAUGGCGCGCCUCCGGAUGCUGCCGCUGCCAACGGCAUGAAUGGCCGCAGCAAUUCUAUUGCCAACGCGACCAAUGCCGUACCGGACGUCGCCUCAACGGGUAGCCAACAAUCUUUGGGCCAGGCGCCAUCCCAAAAGGGCGCACCAGCCCCCAGCGGUAGUUUUUCCGCCGAGCAGCUUGCGACGCUCAGGAAUCAGAUCCUGGCGUUCAAAAUGCUGUCAAAAAAUCUUCCCAUACCGGCUCGCGGCAUCCUUGAAGGUGGUGCUCAGGGCAAGCAGCCAGAACGCCCAGCAAGUGCAGCAGAGGAGACUCAGCCCAAAGAUUUCUACCAGAAAUUCCAGUCACCGUACGAUUCGAUAUCUAAGACUGUCAGCUUUACGGACCAUGCCUCUCGGGCCAAUCGCAUGCGUAUUCCCGCCUUGAUGCCACCUGGAAUUGAUCUCGACCAGGUGCGCGAAGAGAGGGAGCUGGUACUUUAUAAUAAGAUUACUGCGCGAAAGGCGGAACUGGCCGAGCUUCCUGCCAAUAUUGGCGCAUGGGAUUCUAGCCAGAGUGAUACCGCCACUGCUGAUGAGUCUCUCAAACUGAAGGCCCUCAUUGAGUACAAAAUGCUUAAUCUCCUGCCAAAGCAAAGGCUCUUCCGAAAGCAGAUUCAAAAUGAGAUGUUCCACUUCGAUAACCUGGGCAUGACUGCGAACCGUUCCAGCCAUCGUCGCAUGAAGAAGCAGUCACUAAGAGAGGCCAGGAUUACGGAGAAACUAGAAAAGCAACAGCGGGAUGCUCGCGAAUCAAGAGAAAAGCGCAAGCAAUUUGAUCAUCUUCAAGCUAUUCUCAAUCACGGUGUUGAGCUCCAAAACGCAGCCAACUCACAGCGCACGCGCAUGCAGAAGCUGGGUCGCAUGAUGCUUCAGCACCAUCAGCAUAUGGAGCGCGAAGAGCAAAGGCGUGUUGAGCGGACUGCCAAGCAACGUCUCCAGGCGUUGAAAGCCAACGACGAAGAAACGUAUCUUAAACUGCUUGGACAGGCCAAAGAUUCCCGUAUCUCUCACCUUCUCAACCAGACUGAUAACUUCCUCAAGCAGCUUGCUGCCUCCGUUCGGGAGCAACAGCGCAGUUUGGCCGAACGCUAUGGCGAGGAAGACCAGUUCUUUGAAGAAGAGGAAGAAGAUCCGCUUGUCUCGGGAAGCGAAGAUGAAGGAGAUGGAAAAAAGAAGAUCGAUUACUAUGCUGUUGCUCAUCGCAUCAAAGAGGAGGUUACUCAACAGUCCAGUCUUCUUGUUGGAGGUACGCUCAAGGAGUACCAGAUCAAGGGUCUACAGUGGAUGAUUUCGCUUUACAACAACAAUCUCAAUGGUAUCUUGGCAGAUGAGAUGGGUCUCGGAAAGACUAUCCAGACUAUCAGUCUGAUCACCUACAUCAUCGAGAAGAAGAAGAACAACGGCCCCUUCCUCGUCAUUGUUCCUUUGAGUACCCUCACAAAUUGGAACUUGGAAUUCGAGAAGUGGGCGCCGUCUGUCUCGCGAGUUGUCUACAAGGGUCCUCCCAACGCUCGUAAACAGCAGCAGCAACAAAUCCGCUGGGGAAAUUUCCAGGUUCUGUUGACAACUUAUGAGUACAUCAUCAAGGACCGACCAAUCCUGAGCAAGAUCAAGUGGACCCAUAUGAUUGUCGACGAAGGUCAUCGUAUGAAGAACACUCAGUCCAAACUGAGUAGUACCUUGUCACAGUACUAUGUCAGCCGUUAUCGUCUCAUUUUGACCGGCACUCCUCUUCAAAACAACCUUCCUGAGCUUUGGGCUCUGCUGAAUUUCGUGUUGCCCAAUAUCUUCAAGUCCGUGAAGUCGUUCGAUGAGUGGUUCAACACGCCGUUUGCCAACACAGGUGGGCAAGACCGUAUGGAACUGAGCGAAGAAGAACAGUUGCUGGUUAUUCGUCGCCUGCACAAGGUUCUGCGACCUUUCUUGCUGAGACGUCUGAAGAAGGAUGUCGAGAAAGACCUCCCCGACAAACAAGAAAGGGUCAUCAAAUGUCGUUUCUCUGCCUUGCAAGCUAAGCUUUAUAGACAACUUGUCACUCACAACAAAAUGGCUGUCAGCGAUGGCAAGGGCGGCAAGACUGGCAUGCGUGGCCUGAGUAAUAUGUUGAUGCAACUGAGGAAACUUUGCAACCAUCCUUUCGUUUUCGAGCCUGUGGAAGACCAGAUGAACCCAGGACGGGGGACCAAUGACCUGCUAUGGCGUACCGCCGGUAAAUUCGAACUUUUGGAUAGGAUUUUACCGAAGUUUCGCGCCACUGGUCACCGCGUUCUGAUGUUCUUUCAAAUGACUCAGAUCAUGAAUAUCAUGGAAGAUUUCUUGCGUCUACGUGGACUGAAGUAUCUCCGUCUUGAUGGUUCUACCAAGUCCGAUGACCGUUCCGAUCUGUUGAAAAUGUUCAACGCCGAGAACUCGGACUAUUUUUGCUUCUUGCUUUCCACACGAGCGGGUGGUCUGGGUCUUAACCUGCAGUCUGCGGAUACUGUUAUCAUUUUCGACUCGGACUGGAAUCCCCAUCAGGAUCUGCAGGCCCAGGAUCGUGCGCAUCGUAUUGGUCAGAAGAAUGAGGUCCGUAUCUUGCGUCUGAUCAGUUCCAACUCUGUUGAGGAGAAGAUCCUGGAACGUGCGCAAUUUAAGCUUGACAUGGAUGGCAAGGUCAUCCAAGCCGAACGAGACGCACUGCUGCGGACGCUCCUCGAAACUGCCGAGGCCGCUGAUCAGAUUGGUGGUGACCAAGAAGAGAUGGAUGAUGAUGAUUUGAACGAUAUCAUGGCACGGUCUGACGAAGAGUUGAUUGCCUUCCAACGCAUUGACAAAGAGCGACUGAAGACCGUCCCAUAUGGACCUGAGCUACCGGAUAUUUACCUUACCGAGGAUAACCCGGUCACAGAAGAGGUUGAAGUUGAGUAUGCUGGCCGUGGAGCCCGUGAGCGCAAGAUCACCCGGUAUGAUGACGGCCUUACCGAAGAGCAAUGGCUUAUGGCCGUGGAUGCGGAAGAUGACACGAUCGAAGAAGCAAUCGCUCGGAAAGAGGCGAGGGUCGAGCGCCGUCGGGUGAAUAAGGAAAAGCGUGGCCGGAAGGGCGACUCUUCACCGGAGCCUUCUCGCGAAAGCUCGGAGACACCUCAGCCGAAGAAGCGUCGCAGAGGUCCUGCCCCCAAGCGCAAGGCCGAGGAGGUCGUGGAGGAAACCCCCCAGCCGAAGCGUAAAAGGGGAAGACAAGCCAAGCCGGUGGAGACCCUGAGCUCUGAGGAUCGCGCCUUGAUGGAUAUGGAGCAGGAGCUGCCGGCCGACUCAUCAGACAGCGAAGAUGGACCCCCGCCGCCCAAGUCGCAGUAUCCCGACUAUUACAUGAUCAUCCACAACCCAAUUGCCAUGGACAUGAUCAAGAAGAAGAUCAACCGCGAGGAGUACCAGAACUUGAGGGACUUCAGAAACGAUAUCCACCUCCUCUGCCAGAAUGCCCGGACCUACAAUGAAGACGGCAGCAUCCUGUUCCAGGACGCAAACGAUAUCGAGGCAAAAUGCCUGGCUGAGCUGAAGAAGGAGACGGAGGAUCACCCGCAGUUUGCCAACUACGACGAUCUGGGGGCAUCGACCGGGAACGACCAGUCGACUGCUGCGGCUUCCGGGGCCGACACCCCUGCCGUCGCCACGCCCAAGUUGAAGCUCACCUUCAACAGCGGCAACCGGGACAGCGCUGCCGCCGCCGGAGCGGGCGAUGGCGUGAACGUGAACGAGAACGAGUGACCUUGCUAAUAGACUUUGGUGAAGACAUGGUGGAUGCGGUUUUGACACGGUUCACGCUAAAACUUCGAUUAGCUGCACAUUACAUUCUAUGCUGUUUUGAUCUCUUCUUGAUAUGCCCCGUGGAUGGCGUUAGGUGACUGAUUUGGGUGGCGGGGGACGGCUGGCUGAUGGCUGAUGGCGCAAUGCUCUAUUCGAUUUGAAGACGAGCGAUUCUACUUCUACCUUAC